GCUGCCCCCGCCUAUAGAGGCGGGCGCGCUUCAUUGUCAUCAUGUCCAAGGAAGUCACGGUGACCUUCCAGGGCGAGCUCGGCAUCGAGCUGAACGUCGACCGCGCCAGCGGCACGGUGCGCAUCAAGCGGGCCGAGGCCGACAGCCCGGCGAAGCCGCACGAGGGCGCCGCGCUCCGUUCCAUCAAUGGCAGGCCCGUCGGGAGGAUCGACAACAAGGCCGCGUGGCUCGCACUCGUGGAGCGUCUCAAGGCGCCGGCGCGGCCGCUCGUGCUGGCGCUCGCGGUGCCGGAGGACCCGGUCCAGCGCGCGCGGGCGGAGCUCGACGCGCUCGCGGCGUCCGCCAAGGCCGAGGCCGAGGCCGCGGCCGCCGCGAGCGCCCCGGCGCCAACGCGUGGACGGCGGCGGCGCUCGCGCUCGAGCUCGUCGAGCGUCUCGUCGAGCGACGACGAGGCCCGCCGCCGCAAGAAGAAGGCCAUGAAGAAGGAGAAGCGCCAAAAGAAGGAGAAGAAGAAGAAAAAGCAGCGCCGCCACUCGUCGUCGUCGUCGCGGAGCCGCUCCCAUUCGCCGAAGCGCGCCCGGCAGGACUCCGGCAGCGGCGCGGCGCUCGACGACCUAUUGGGCGAGCCGGGCGUCGCCACCGCGCCGCCGCCCAGACCUCCGUCUCCAUCGCGCUCGCGCUCGCGCUCGCACUCGCCGCGGCAACGGCGCAAGUCAUCCCCUCAGAAACCUCAUGGCCCCUCACAUCGAAUGCGGGGCGUCUGCCAGUGGUUCGACAAAAAACACGGCUUCAUCAAGCCCGACGGCGGCGGCGCCGACGUGUUCAUGCACCAGACGGACCUUCGGAGCGGCACGGAAAUUACGGAAGGUGAUCAUGUCGAAUUCGGCACAGCGGACUACAAGGGGCGGGAGAAGGCCGUCGACGUCAUCAAGGUGGACCCUGCCCCAACACAUCGAAGGCAGGGCGUCUGCCAGUGGUUCGACCCCGAAAGAAAGAAAGGCUUUAUCACGCCCGACGGCGGCGGCGCCGACGUGUUUGUGCACCAGACGGGCCUGCGGAGCGGCACGGAAAUUACGAAAGGUGAUCAUGUCGAAUUCGGCACAGUGGACCAAGUGGACGGCGGACGGCGGCGGCGGCGGCAGACUAAGGCUGUGGACGUCAUCAAGGUGGGCCCUGCCGCGGUGAUCGCGCCCGCGCGUCCUCUCGUCGACACGGCGGAGUCGGCACCGACGGAAACCGCGCCGAAGGGCCCUUCCCUCGUAGAACUGGCCGGUCGUGCGGCGCGCGACGCCAGGUCACCGCGGUCGCGGUCGCGGUCGCGCCGGCGGUCGCGCCGGCGCUCACCUUCGAGGAGUGGCUCCCGCUCGCGGUCGCGGGGCCGCCGCCGCGACCGGCCGCCAACCAGCGCCCGGCGGCACCGCGGCGUCUACCGCGACGCUAAAGGCCAUGAGUUGAAGAGAUAUGGCUUCAUCACUGCGGAUGUUGGUCCCACGGACAUCUUCAUGCACCUCGACGACGUCCGGGAGGGCCAUGUUGUCAAGAACGGGGAUUCGGUGGAGUACACUGUCGUUCCCUGUCGGAAAUCAGGCAAGGAGCGAGCCGCUGACGUCGUCAAGCUCCCUUCGUGGGUGCCCGACGGCACCAUCGCCGCGCGGACGAAGAAAAUGCUGGCGGGAGAUCAUUUUACGGGAGAUCGUUUUUUUACGGGAUAUCAUAGUAUCAAGGCGCAGUUCGACGACGGCACGCUGACGGUGCGGACGCUACGUGCCGCGGUAGCGGAAUCCCUCGGCGUCGAGGAGGCUGCCGUCAAGAAAGUGGUGAAGCAGACCCUCACAGCCGCGCUCGAGGCGGCGAAGGCACGGUCGCCGCCUCAACCGCCGCCCUCCGAGGUGUCCGACGACUCCGGCGCCGCGGCACCGGCGCUGGUGAUCGACGUCGGCAGCCCGCGGAAGCGCGACCGAUCUCGCGGGCGCGCGCCGACCGUCGACGCCGAGCUCUCGACGAAGCGCCGGAGUAGGCACUCCUGA